AUGAUCCGUAUCGUGAAGCCUUGGUGUACAAAAUGGGUGCAACCUGCCGCACAGAAUCGUGUGUCGUCUGAUAUACCUAAAUCCUUGUAUAUCGCAUGGGAGCUAGGCGACGAAAGUCUGUUCACAUCUAGACUCGCAGAGAUUGCCGUGAAAGCACAGAUGGAGGGAGAUAUUUUGGUGUUCAAGGAUUCCAGUUCAUCAAACCCUCAUCCAAAAGGAAUCAACCUAGAGGUUGAGGAUCAUCUUGAUCCGCCGGAUAUUCUAGAUUUGAUAUACGAGAUACGGAAAGCGGUUAUCGAGAAGAUGAUGGCACCCCUUAAUGCAGAUCUGGAAGCUCGAGCAAAAUAUACGCCUUAUUGUGCCAAUAGUUGA